UUCUCCUUGGGUCCAGAGGUCUUGACAUCUCCCACAUCUCCCAGCGGUUGGAGAGUCUUAGUGCUGUAACAACAUUUGAGCCUCUAGAGCCUGUAAAGGACACAGAUAUACAGGGAUUCCUAAAAAAUGAAAAAGAUAAUGCUUUGCUGUCUGCCAUUGAAGAGUCCAGGAAACGGACCUUUGCUAUGGCUGAGGAGUAUCACCGAGAAUCAAUGCUGGUCGAAUGGGAACAGGUUAAACAAAGGAUCCUUCACACACUGCUGGCUUCAGGAGAAGAUGCCUUGGACUUCACUCAAGAGAAUGAGCCCAGUUACAUCAGUGAGCUACCACCACCAGUUCGUAGUUCUUUGGACAACAUUGAGAUGUCCUACGCUCGACAAAUAUAUGUUUAUAACGAGAAGAUUGUGAAUGGAUACCUGCAACCCAACUUGGUGGACCUUUGUGCUUCUGUAGCAGAGUUGGAUGAUAAGAACAUUUCUGACUUGUGGGCUAUGGUGAAGCAAAUGACUGAUGUUUUGCUGGUUCCUGCAAGUGAUGCGCUGAAGGUCCGGACAAGCAUGGAAGUGCAGAUGGAGUUUGUCAAGCAGGCCCUCCAGUACCUUGAGCAAAGUUACAAGAACUACACGUUGGUGACAGUCUUUGGAAACUUGCACCAAGCCCAACUGGGAGGGGUACCUGGAACCUACCAGCUAGUCCGCAGUUUCCUGAACAUCAAACUCCCAGUGUCUGUCCCAGGACUCCAGGAUGGGGAAGUAGAAGGUCACCCUGUUUGGGCAAUAAUUUACUACUGCAUGCGAUGUGGCGACUUAAUGGCAGCCUUGCAAGUGGUGAAUCGAGCUCAGCACCAGUUGGGAGAAUUUAAAAGUUGGUUCCAGGAAUACAUGCACAGCAAAGAUAGAAGAUUGUCUCCUGCCACCGAGAACAAAGUUCGCCUCCACUACAGACGAGCCCUGAGAAACAACACCGACCCUUACAAAAGAGCGGUUUACUGUAUCAUAGGACGCUGCGACAUUGCUGAUAACCACAGUGAAGUUGCUGAUAAAACAGAAGAUUAUCUUUGGCUAAAGCUGAACCAGGUGUGCUUUGAUGAUGAUGGCUCCAACUCUCCCCAAGACAGGCUGACAUUGUCUCAGUUCCAGAAGCAAUUGCUUGAAGAUUAUGGAGAGUCGCAUUUUGCAGUGAACCAGCAGCCAUUUCUCUACUUCCAAGUGUUGUUUCUGACGGCCCAGUUUGAAGCUGCCAUUGCUUUCCUCUUCCGCACAGAGCGCCUGCGCUGCCACGCCGUUCAUGUUGCCUUGGUCCUUUUUGAACUAAAGCUGCUCCUGAAAUCUUCUGGGCAGAGCGCACAGCUUUUAAGCCAUGAGGCAGGUGACCCUCCGGCCAUCAGACGCUUGAAUUUUGUCCGCCUGCUGAUGCUCUACACCCGCAAGUUUGAGUCCACUGACCCUCGAGAAGCCCUGCAGUACUUCUACUUUCUCAGGAAUGAGAAGGACAGCCAAGGGGACAACAUGUUCUUGCGCUGUGUGAGCGAACUAGUGAUUGAGAGCAGAGAGUUUGAUAUGAUUCUUGGAAAGCUGGAGAAUGAUGGCAGUAGAAAACCUGGAGUGAUUGAUAAGUUUACUAGAGACACCAAACCACUUAUUAAUAAAGUUGCUUCAGUGGCAGAAAGUAAAGGUCUCUUUGAAGAAGCUGCCAAACUUUAUGACCUUGCCAAGAAUCCAGACAAAGUGCUUGAGUUGAUGAACAAGUUGCUGAGUCCCGUGGUCCCUCAGAUCAGCGCUCCUCAGUCAAACAAGGAGAGGCUGAAGAAUAUGGCACAUUCCAUUGCUGAGAGAUAUAAAGCACAGGGAAUAAGUACAAAGAAACCCAUUGACUCCACAUUCUACCUCCUGUUAGACCUCAUCACCUUUUUUGAUGAAUAUCAUGCCGGUCACAUUGACAGGGCCUUUGAUAUCAUGGAGCAGCUGAAACUGGUCCCCCUGAGUCAAGAAUAUGUGGAGGAAAGAGUAGCAGCCUUCAGGAAUUUCAGUGAUGAAAUCAGGCACAAUCUGUCCGAGGUCCUCCUUGCAACAAUGAAUAUUUUGUUUACCCAGUACAAGAAGUUGAAAGGCACCAGCCCAGCCACCCCUGCCAGACCCCCUCGUGUCAUGGAGGACCGAGAUUUGAAACUCCGAUCUCAAGCUCGGGCGCUGAUCACCUUUGCCGGCAUGAUCCCCUACCGAACCUCAGGAGACACCAACGCACGGCUGGUGCAGAUGGAGGUCCUCAUGAACUAGGCACCUUGGGAAACCUGCCAGAUGCUGUUGGUACCCUCAGUGGGUGGCCCAGUUUAAGUUGGGUUUUUUUGCUUUUUGUAUUAUGUACUUUUGUCAACCACAAUAAAUUUUUUUUGAUUUAUA